AUGUGCAGAUCACAUCCUACCGCCCGGUCCCCAGAGGCCACCAGCCCCGGCAGACCGACCAGGAAGCGACUCGUCCCCGGUGCUCCGGUUUCCUUGGACCGCGCCGAUGUCCUGGACCGGCUGGAGGAUCCCGAGGACCAAUCCCAGGGCUACCAGCGUCGCAGUAACAAGAAGCUUUGCUCUCCGCCAGCCUCGGUGGCCCAGGUCCGAGGCUCCUCCCCACCCACCUCAGGCCACAGCUGCGCGAGGCCCAGUGACUCGAGUGACCUCAACCGCAGCUUCGCAUCCAAGCACCAGCGCCCAACCACUCGCCACCUUUACAACCCUGACGAUGACGCACGGCGCUCGUCGCCGACCAGGACUCUGCGAGGGCCCCAACGAGAUUACGACUCACCAGAGCCUACUUCGCCGACUGACAUGAUAAGACAGCCAGAGACAAGGCUCAUCACGCCCGAGCAGAUAUUCGCCGAGGUUAAGGGCAUCUACGCGGGCCUGGUCAUGCUUGAGUCAAAGUGCAUCGAGUAUGACAGCACACAGGAAACGAAGGAACUCAGCCAAGAACAAUAUCAAGCUCUCAUCGCCUUACAUAGAUCGGUGCUCCACGAGCACCACGAUUUCCUCCUGGCGAGCCAGCAUCCGUCUGCUAGCGAUGCCGUGCAUCGUCUCGCUUCGAGAUACGCCAUGCCCGCGAGAUUGUGGCGCCACGGCAUCCAUCCCUUCUUGGAACUUCUUCGGCAUAAGCUCCCGGAGUCGCUGGAGCAUAUGCUGAGCUUUAUUUCGAUCGCCUACAGUAUGAUGGCAGUGUUGUACGAGAUAGUGCCGGCAUUUGAAGACACGUGGAUAGAAUACCUCGGCGACCUUGGUAGGUAUCGGAUGGCUAUCGAGGAUAAUGAUAUUCGAGAUAGGGAGAGGUGGACAGGCGUUUCGAAAUAUUGGUACAGCAAAGCCUCUGACAAAUCACCCACGACCGGCCGCCUCUACCACCACCUUGCGAUCCUGGCACGGCCCAACGCGCUGCAGCAGUUGUACUUCUAUGCCAAGUCGCUUUGCGUGCCUAUCCCGUUCCCCAGCGCGCGCGAAAGCGUCAUGACGCUUUUUGAUCCUCUUUUGAGCGGCGGAAACCAACGGCUUGGCCCCAUAGAUGCCGCUUUUGUGCGCGUGCACGGCAUCUUGUUCUCUGGCAAAUCAAAGGAGCAGCUAGAAGGCUCAAUGAACGAGUUCUUAAGCCUCCUUGACGACCGUAUCGACAGAGAACACUCCAAUUGGCUUGAAGCUGUCAGGUACUAUGUGGGCAUCUCUCUUUGCUGCCUGUUAUUGGGUUUCGGUGCAGAAUCAAAUGUCCUGAUGAAGGCGCUCAUGGAGCAGCAAAACGAAGCAGAAGCGGACUAUGAUUUUGUGGCCGAACACGAGUGGGAGUACGUCGACGAAAACUUCGAGCAAACGUUGCGUUUUGCUGCCCGGACGCAGGAGAUUGUCCUGCGGAGAUGGGGUGAUAAGAACACCCUAAGCUACAUUCACACCACGCUGGUCUUCAUGUUGCGCAUGUCGCGGCUCUCAGCCGCCAUGUCGCACCUCGAGGACCUAUUUCCGUGGAAGCUUACAUCCGUCACGCUCAACUACCUAAUGAAGACGAUAAAGACGGAGCCGAGGAUCGAUGCGGAUAAACUACCGGGCCCGGAGAAGGGCGAGGAGCCGAUUCCCCUGCCAGAGGACUACGCGCUACGCGGGCUUCUUUUCGCCGAGGACUUUUUCCCUAAUGGCUGGUUCGACAACGAGAGACUCGACGAGACGGACAGGUACCUGGAGACGGGCUCCAAGACCGUGGAGAGACAGGAGCGCAUCCUCUGGGUCGGGCGCAGGAUCGCCAACGCAGGCAAGUGGUUGACGUGGGACGCUGAGGCACGCCAGUUUGACGUGGGGCGCAGCCCGCCUCAUCGCUGUCGACCCGGGACCCGCGCCGGUGGAAAUGGAGGCCGACGACGGAAGAAGCGUCUGACAACGGUGAUUCUCUUUCGUCAUCGCCGGCGCCUCCGGCUCUUGUCUUUCUCACGGCGAGACGAGGGCUGGAGACAGCUACCCCGACGUAAGUAUCGAAAUGCCGGACCUGGCGGCGAUUGCAGUCGGCCCAAGUAUCAGCUGGCUCAUGAGCGCCUUCUGCGGCGCGGUGACAGCGUCACGAGCAGGAGGGAUCUACGUUCGUGGAGGCCAUUAGAAUACGGUUUAAUGGCGAGAGAGCGGAAGACAGCAGCCUACAAUCAAGAAAGCCACUGGCUGCUGUCUGCGACUGCGACUGGAGCUACGUCAUCACUGCCAUACGGCCCGGCUGUCACCGUCUCAUAUUGUCGUGUUUCCUCGGGCGCCGGUGAACCGUCUGCCGAUGCUGGAGAGAGGGGGACAUCAACUGUGAGCAACGAUGCCCGGGUGUGUCGUCCAGGCCGCGUCGGAGCUGAAGGCGUAGUCAUUCACACCUGGCUUCAGACAACACAGGCGCAGCCUAUGACAUGUUGCGGGGUUGAGCCUUGA